UGUGAUUCAGGAGACCAUUUUAUAGUUGAAGAUGGCCGCUUAAAGUACUCGUGAACAUACCUGCUGCAAAAAUGUAUCCGUCUGCGAUUCCCGACGCCGUUGCGAAAUUAACAAAUAAGGAUUUAAAUAACAACGUACGACUUUUAUCUAAGUACGACUGUGAUUUCACGAAGAAUCCAUCGUGUUGUGAACGAUAUCUAUUGCGUGAUAUUCGUCACGUUUGCACGCAUUGUAUUUCUCCUUAUAGAGGUUUUAUAAGAAGACGGAGAAGUAGUAGUGGAAUACCAAUCUGUUGAGAAAGGAUAUAUAGAUUGAGCCAGGGAUUUAUGUACAUCUUGGAUCUCUGCAUUUAGAUUUCUCUAGCAGAUUUGUCCCGUAUUUCAGCAGUCUCUUGUGGAUCCAAUAUCUAUUCUGCACAAUACAUAGAGACACAUUCAACAGGUACAAUGGAAAGGAUGUAUGUUAUGAAUCAUAUUGGAGAAAAUAAUACAACUCUACAAGGUCAGAGAAAAAGUAUCUUCCAAACCGUUUGGAAUCGGUGUAUUGGAAAUUUUUCAAGAAGACCUGCUAUCUUUUCAUCAAAAAUGGAUAAUUCACUGUCAACGCUUCUGAAUAAUGAGAUAAUAACACCUGAGUAUAUAAAAAAAUCGUAUGUACAAGAAGAAAAAUCCGUUGGUAUUAAUCAUAUGAGUAAUAUUAUUUUCGAAACUAUGCAAUCUAUGCCUCCUAUUACAGUCGAUUCAUUUAACAAAAGUCAUUUAAAAACUUUAUCCAAUUGUAAACAUUAUUUUGGUAACAAUUUUGAUAAAAUAGAAGAACAUUAUGAAGAAACAACCAUAGAAGAUGUAUAUAAUUUGGACUCUAAUAUCACGUGCAAAAAUAAAAAAAGCACAAUGGAAUCUCACUCAGUGUCGAAUGUUCACGAGAUCGAAAAUUUGAACAAUAUAAGUAACAAUUCUUGUUCUACAGAAGUUGAUUUACAAAAGUGCAUAGAUACCGAUAAAGACGGAUUAGACAAGGAUCCUCUUUCUAGUAAUGAUAUUAAUGAAGACACCAAGUCUUUUCUCAUAGUUUCUCAUUCGGAUGUACCAGAACCAACCAAGAAAGCUCCGAUAUCAACACGCUUAUCCUUCAUGUGUCGAAAUGCUUGGAAUAGCCUGACCACUCGAUUUUACUGUAAAACGAAUUCUGUGAAAUCGGAAAAAUCUAUGAAGCGUCCGUCAUAUUUAUCAAAGCGAUAUCGACGAAGAAAAGCCAACAGCAUUGCCAUGGGUAGAGGUCGAGGUAGAGAUAGAUGCCAACUCAGACGUUCUGGAGUAAGUCAAACCAGACAUCGGAUGGAACGUACCAAGCGCGAUCUCGCUAUGAUUAUUGAAGUAGAUUACAAGAUUUAUCAAAAUGACAAGAUACAAUACUGUGAAUUACAAAACGAUCACUCAUCAAAUGACGAAUCUAAUAAUUUGGACGAUAUGGAUGGUUAUGAUGUUCCUGAUGGUGCUUUGCUCCUAAAGCGAACUAGUCCUGUAAUAUUUAGUUCUUCCGAUAUAACGCUUACGAAACAAGAACCGCAGAUGUCCAAGGAUCAGGAAACAAUGAAACACUCGACCAAAGUUCGUUAUGUAAUCGAUUCUUCAACAAAGAGCAACAAAGACUGUAAUAAGAAAACAUCUGAUACGGAGGAAAGUUUAUCUCGAUCGCGGUUAUUAUCGGUGAGCUCUAUCGAUUCUGAAGAUAGUUUCAUAGUUUUCGAAGCCAACGAUGAGUCGUCAAGACAGCAAUACUCAACCGAAAUACAUUAUACACUUGAUUCUUCAAUGAAGACCAACGAGAAUUGUAACAGUGAAAUAUAUGAUAUGCAUAGCAAUUUAUCCCGAUCGCGAUUAUUAUCGGAAAGCUCUGUCGAUUCCGAGGAUAGUUUUAUAAUUUUUAAGGACAUCGAAAACGAAUCUCCCAAGAAGCAGGAAACGAUGAAAUGUCUAACUAAAGUACGUUAUAUAAUUGAUCCUUUAACAAAAAUCAAUAACAAUUAUUAUAAGGAUUGUGAUGAAACAUAUAAUACGUUACGCUCGCGAUUAUGUUCGGAGAGUUCUUCUGCCGAUUCUGAAGACAGUCUUAUAAUUUUUGAGGGCAGCGACGACGACGAAUCGUCAAAGCAAGAAACAACAGAAGACUCGACUGACAUACAUGAUGAAUCUGAUUCUUCGACAGUCAACAAUGAUCAUUGCAAGGAUUAUAAUAAUAAAAAAUAUAUGCACGAGGAUUCGUUUCAAUGCUCAGAAAGUUCCGAUACUGAGGAUAGUUUCUGCAUAGUAUUCAACACUGAAUUGGAAGAGAACUGCGUCGAGGAAGAGACCGACAACUUUAACUAUAUUAAAACAAGCACACCUACUUUCAAGAAAGACGAAUCGAUGAUUGAAAGCGAUGAAGACAGCGAGAGAUCAACAACACAAACAAAGAAGGUGAGCUUUGCUCAGACUCCAAUCAUACACAUCAUGGUAACAUGGAAUUAUGCAUAUCGAGCAGCUCGAAAAGGUCAAUGGGAAGAAAUGGCACGAGAUAACGAAAGAUUUAAAGGACGUAUAAAUUCCAUCGCAGCUGUCCUUGAUCCAAUUUUAACAAGUAAACAUCGCUCUAAAAUUUGGCAAGAACGAUUCUCUUGUCAAGAAUAACCUAUAUUUUUAACAGUAUAAAAAAAGUAAUUUGUAGGGAAAAAUGAAGAAAACAAAAAGAAGAAACAAAAAGAAGAAUAAAAAA